CUUGGGCUCGCCUCGACCGCCGCCCAUGGGGAACAGCCACUGCGUCCCUCAGGCCCCUAGGAGGCUCCGGGCCUCCUUCUCCAGGAAGCCCUCGCUGAAGGGAAAUAGAGAGGACGGCGCGAGGAAGCUGGCUGGCCUGUUGGGCACCGAGGCCGGUCCUGACCAGGAGGCCACCGCCGACAAGAUCUUCUGCUACAUCCCUGGGACGGACAUUCGAGACUUGGAGAGCCAGCGAGAAAAUCUAGAGCAGCCGUUCCUGAGUGUGUUCAAGAAGGGGCGGCGGAGGGUGCCUGUGAGGAAUCUGGGCAAGGUUAUACACUAUGCCAAAGUCCAGCUGCGGUUCCAGCAUAGCCAGACAGGCAGCCCUGCUCUCCUGCAGGACAUCAGUGACUGCUAUCUGGAGCUGUUCCCCUCCUACCUCUACUUCCAGGCCCAUGGUUCCAAAGGACUCACCUUUCAGGGGCUGUUACCACUGAUGGAGCUGAGUGUCUGCCCUCUGGAGGGCUCCAGAGAGCAUGCCUUCCAGAUCACAGGCCCGCUGCCCGCUCCCCUUCUCGUGCUCUGCCCCAGCCAGGCUGAGCUGGGCCGCUGGCUGUAUCACCUAGAGAAACAGAAGGCCCUCGUGGGAGGGCAGCACUGCCUCUCAUCGCCACCACAGGGCCCCCCAGAAGACGAGCUGCCCUGGACUCUGCAGCGCAGACUGACCCGGCUGCGGACAGCAUCGGGGCGUCAAAUGGUGGGCAGUGCCAUCUGUGCCUCGAGGGUCAAGCUUCAGCAUCUGCCUUCACAGGAACAAUGGGACCGGCUCUUGGUCCUGUACCCAACAUCCCUGGCCAUUUUCUCUGAGGAAGCAGAUGGGCUUUGCUUUAAGGGGGAGCUCCCACUCAGCGCCAUCCACAUCAACCUGGAGGAGAAGGAGAAGCAGAUCCGCUCUUUCCUCAUCGAAGGCCGUCUCAUCAACACUAUUCGUGUGCUGUGUGCCAGCUACGAGGACUACAGCCACUGGCUGCUCUGCCUGCAGACUGUCUCCCGCAGGGAUGGAGCUCCCGCACUGCCCGGCCCCGAGAGCUUCCCAGGGCUGCGGGUGUCCCCACAGGUCACGGGUGGUGGCCGAGGGUCACUCUCCUCAGAGGGACGAACCAGCUGGGACUCGGGGUACCCAGCACCCCCCUCCACACACACCAGCCACUCUCUCCCUGAGUCUUCAGUGCCGUCCACCACAGGCUGCCCCACCCAGCCCACGCCCGACCAGGCCAACCCUGGCUGCAUCAGCAGGCAGAGGGCAGAGCUGAGACGGAGCAGCAGCAGCCGGUCACCCAGGAGCAAGGCUCGGGGCGAAGGGCCCGGCCUGGCCACCUCGUUGUUCUUGGACCUGACCAAGCUGAGCCCGGAGGGCAACCCCGAGACCCCAGAGCAGCCUCCGGAGACCCCACACUUCCCACUCUAUGCCGAUCCCUACACCCCACCUGCUACCUCCUAUCACAAGAUCACAGACGUCCAGGGCCUGGAUGAGUUCCUCAGUGCAAUGCAGAGCUCACUUGGACCCGAGUCCUCGAGCCCAUUCCCCUCGGUCCCCGUGUCUGUGCCUGUCUCCGCCCCCAGCUCUGGGCUCCCCGGUCCCCACUUGCUCUCCCAGAAGGGAGCCCUGCAGCCCCGAGCCUCUCAGCGGCACCGAAGCUCUGUCAAGGGCCAGGGCCCAGGAGCCGCAGCCUCCCCGCAGCAUGCCUCCCCAGUGAGAGAAGUCUCGCCUGACCAGCUGCUGCCUCCCUCAGGUGGCCGUCCCCUCAGAAGCUACGACAACGCCUGGGACAAAGCUUCAUCUCCCUCCCACAAGCGGUGGCCCCGCGCACCUGAGGCUGGUGGGGGGCUCAUCCAGUGGAUCUGAUGGCCCCUGGGCCGGCUGGUCCUCAGGACCACCUGCCAGCCUUAACCCUGGAGGGGGGUCUGCCGCAGAGCCUGGGUCUUUCUUUGUAGAGCCACAGGCUGACCAGCACCCAGUACCUGAACCCCAGCUGAUGCUGAGUCAGCGUCUGACCCCAGCGGGGUGCAGGGGUCUCCAGAACUCUGAGACUCCCUGGGCUCUGGAGGGGCCAGGCAGAAGGCCUCAUACCGAAGCUGGCCUGGCGACAUUGCCGUACCACAGAUCAGAGCAGGAUGCGUGGAGGCCCCAAACUUCAACCUUUCCUCCAGGGAAGGAAUGGGGGAGGCCACUUGGUGCAGGCUUUACCUGGGGUGGGAGAACAGUGUAGGUGUGAAGGCCAGAGGGCUGAGAAAGAUUAGUGAGGGUCAGAGCACGUGAGGUCAGAGAGCACAGA